UCAAAAAAGCCGGGAAGAUAUUCCUGAAUUUUCCUUACAUCAUAAGUAUCCAAGGGUAAGGUGAUGUGGACUGACACCAUGUUCACAGUGGUAAAAGAGACUUGAAGAUGGUGUGGACUUUUACCUGGAUGUUUGGUUGAACUUUCACAAUGCUGAAAUAGUGUGCACUUGUUGACAAAGGGAUACUCUGGAAGCAUGGAGACCUUCUUUGACUAUAGCGGAAUCUUUCUUCUUCCCAAUGUUUCUAUUGAAAAUUUGACAGAUGUGGAUGGUUAUGUUUUGUACGACGAUGGAGAGAUGCCUCCUGUUGAUCAUUUACCUGAAACUAUCAUUGUUCCUGUACUCUAUCUUCUUAUAGUCAUUGGAGGAGUCAUUACAAAUUCCGCUGCUUUGACUUUUAUCUAUAGAAGAAGGAAAAUUGCAAGUGCAAGUGACACAUAUUUUGCUAGCCACUUCAUAGGAAACAUCGUAUUUUUAUCUGUUUUUGUCCCAAUCAUUGCUAUUGCAUAUGGAAUAACGGAUUGGGUAUUCGGAGGCUUUGCAUGUAAAUCUGUCAACUAUGGCAUGACAGUGUGCGUCGCAGCCGCCAUUUUAUCUGUCACAGCGGCUUGUCUGCAUCACACCUUGGAAUCCAGCCCUGUUCAGGGUGAUAAAACACUUAAAAGGAACCAUCGCAUUACUAAGGUGAUAACAGCUUCAUUGUGGAUGUUGGCAUGUGUUGUCAUGGUUCCUCGUGUAUUUCUCUACAACGUGAUUACCCUGUGGCACAUCGUAGACGAGCGGCGUUUCUGUUCCCGAAAGCUUGGACCCCUUAUCUACCGCCAGGUGGAUACUACUGUCAUGUUCCUCGCCCUCUUCUGUGUGCCGCUCAUGGUUCAGUUUGCCUGUUGUAUCCGUGUGUUGAAAGACCUUCGAAAGCAGGCGUUACGUGGACAAAACGUCAUUCAGCGUCAAAAUGUUGCCAAGGUGCUGGCUGGGAUUUCAUCUGUCAUGCUGCUUGGUUGGCUUCCUACGCACAUCAUAAAUUUCUGCGAAGACUUUGCAGAUGGCAGAAUUGCCUUUCAGCACAGAGAUGUGUUGGCGUACGGUUGCUCUUACGUCUACAUGUUGAUCACUCCCUUAUUGUAUUUGUAUGCUCAGAGACGUAUCCAAAAGCAUGCUGUCUCGAAAGAAGACGUAAUCGUUGUUGAAGAGUCGUGCUGCUCUGGAACUGAUCUUGAGACAGGGGACGCUUUAACAUUUAUUUGUAAUGAAUCCCCAGAACAGAAAACCACUCUGUUGUGAAACUUUAUUGCAGUGUAAAAGCAGCAGACAUGCGUGCGGAACGUGAAUACGAUUUAUCUGAUUUAUGCCUCCAGCGUCCGAGGUGGACACAAAACAUCUAUUGAAAGUGUGUAGAGUUUCCUCUUACAGCUACACUUCAUCGUCAGUGGUUUGAGAUAAGACUGAAAAGCCUCUGAACGUACAUUUCCCACAGGCCAUUAGGAACAGAUAUCAUUUUGCCAGCCAGGAAUGAUAAUCACUAGCUAAAUAUAUCCCCAAUUACACCGUAAAUACUUCUCGCUGAUAAACCUAAUGUCCCUUACAAGAUUAUUUAUGCCAACAGUUCAUGCACCGCAAAAUUUAUUAUGAAAGAAGUACUUGGGGGCUUACUCUGUAUGUAUAGUGUAAAUAUUAUACAAAUUAUGUCCUCAGAUGUCGGGAUUAAAGAGGAGGACGUCUUCCUCGAUAAUAUGACAAUGUAUCCCCUUGGCGAAAAUAAUUCUGUAUAUAGUCCCGCGAUUUCAACUUGUACAGUUGCAUCACCUAUAUAAUAUAUAUGCAUAAUAUGUACAUGUUGUUUCUUGGAUGUAUAUUUAUGGGGGAACGUAUUUGACGAAUGACGACGACUCUGAAGUCAGAUAAAAUGGAAUAGAAAAGUCCUAACUUUAAAAAUCUGUAAAACUACUAAAAUUCUUAACACAAUCGUUUCGUAAUAUUAUAAGAGAAUUAUUGUACCGACGUUUAGACUUUUGUAUGUAUAUUGUAAUAAAGAUAUUUCAUUUCCAUUUAAAGUCAUUAAAUGAAAAUAACCAAAGAGGUAUAUCAGAAACUGAAAGACAAAAUCACCCGAGACCUCUCAUUAAAAUGCUAUUAACUAGUCUCUAUCAGAGGUUCACAAAUAUACUAAGGAGAUUUAUGCGAUGUGUGUCGCCAUUGUUAAAGUCUUGUUGCUUUCGGUUGUGUUUUUUAUCUUCCUAGGAUGUGCCAUUUUAAAACAUGCUUCGAUAAGCACAUGUUAUAAAAUGUGAUGACCAUCAGACAAAUGUUUGUCUGAAGUUGUAUUCUUGGUGCAGCUUUUGCUUUAAACAGUUUUGCAUUUAUAACGUGGGCGAAAUUAAGUAUUGUAAACCUCCAUACUUCCAGACAGACAUUAAGCAUAAUGAACCAUGUUUGUUUCAUACAUUGUGCUUUCCUGAAUUAUUGUUCCAGAGUGACUAUGUAUCUCCGGCAGAAAAAAGCAAUUAGCGCUUAAUGUCGAGCAGCAGAAGGACACUGAAACCAUAAAAUGUCUGAAGAAAGUAAAAAUAUGGCUUCUUAAAUGUAUGUUGCUCAGCGGUUGCUAAGGGUAUGAGAAGAAAAAAACAUUGUUGUAAUACUAACAGCAAGGAGAUCACAAGAACUUACAACAGAAUCAACUGGCCGAACAUCGAGAGUUCCUUGUUGAAGUUUUUAAUUCUUGUAAUCUUUAUUACGCUGUUAUCAUUAGCAAGAGUUGAAAAACACAUUCAUUUCUGUGCUAGUAUGAACUUGAUUUAAAAAUAUUGAUGAGCAGUGAUAUGACCAUGUUGUUAUAUAGAUGAAUGUAUUUGAGUUGUAAAAUAAAAGGUAAAGAAUGCAA